UCAACAGAUCAGCCAUUCUUGAGUAAUGUAACUUAUACGACUCACUUUAAUAAGAUAGAAGAUUAGCAGAGAUAACUUACAAUGCCUGGUAAAUGCAGCGUCGUGGGCUGUGGGGCGAAAAGACUUGUAACAUCAAAUCUGGCUUAUCACAGAUUUCCCUCAAAUGAAGAAAGGAUUCAACUUUGGUCGGAUGGCGCAGACGAAGAAGAUUUUCGCCCAAGUGUUACGGACAUAUCCCUUUGUUCUGAACAUUUUCAUGAAAGUGAAUUUAACAGAGCUCUUCGACUUAAGGGGCUUAGAGUCUACACAUCUCCACGUCCUAAACCCGAGGCGUUAAAGCAGAGUAAGAAGCAAGAAAAUGUGAAACUGGUGAAGAAAAAGGUUGUUCCUGUAAAUAUGCUGAAGAGGGUAAACUCGCCUGUAGCUAAGGAGAAAGAAACUGCGGAAUCAGCGCCGAAAAUAGCGGGAAAUUCGCCUAGCGCACCAAAAAGGCCAGAAUUCGAGUGUCCUGUCUGUUCCGAGAGGUUCCCCGUAUACUUUACAACGUUCAGACAUAUACAGAAGAAACAUUGUGUCAAUGAAAAGGGAGAAAAAGUCUCCUCAAACGCCCCCGACCUGGUAAAACCGAUCCGCAUAGAGAUGUGUGCGUCCUGCAGUCAGCAGAUACGUUCCACAGAGCCUCACAAAUGUCCACAGCAACACUCGAACAAGGAUCAGUUUGCAUGUCUGAGCUGCCGUCAAGUGUUCACGGGGCUCGUUCUAUUUCAACAUCACGUUAAGGGCUAUCAUGCGGACGGAGCACAGAAUUUUUUCUUUCCAACGAGAGAUGAUUUCAUGAACUGGAAAGCGGAUUUAGAAGAUCAGACUGCAGUGACCUUCGUGAAACUAAACAAAAUGAAAUCCAAAGAGAUUUACCACUGUUCUCACCAAGUUCUCGGACCAACCGCUGCUACGGAAGCUUGUUGUUCAAUAAUCACUCUCCGAGAGUACACUAAAGGCUUCCAUGCUUGUUACUAUAAGGAACACAAAGGUCAUAAGGUAGACACAGCACCGCUAACACAACAUAUGAAAUACAGCAUAAAUUUAUACACCCAAGAUAGAGAAGAAAUGAAAGUGGAGUCGGAAGAAGAUAAUGAACUCUUUAUGCAGUUCAAAAAGAUGAUAUCAUGCAUACUCUUUGAUGCGGCCAACGUUAGUGGGAAACCGUUAAGAGAGUUACUCGGUAAGGCGCUAGAAAUGACAUCGAUAUUGAAAAAUGCCGAAGGACAGGACCGCAGUACACCGUUAAUAAGUAAAUGCUUAACAGAUGAUCAGAUUUCAAAAACUCUAGAUAGUUUGAAAGCGGAUCCUAAUAAACGUAAAAUCCCAGAUGAAAAUAACACUAAACCAGUUGCGAAAAGAGCUAGAAAGAGCUCUCAAUUUGUUGAUAAGGUGCUAGAAAAUGGGAUGGCUACGAGACACAAAAAUAGUCUGACGAAUAAUAAGACUGUGUCGUUCGAUGAUUUACAGGCAAAUGAAGAUAUUGAAAAUAUUAUUAAGGAAAUAUCGGCUGCUCCUCAAAAGAGUGAGCCAAAGAAAACAGAAGCCCCAGUAACUGAUGAAAAAGUAGAUGAAGAAACUAAAAAAUCUGAGGAUCAACAAGCAAUAGCAAUGUUGCGAGCACAGUUGCAAUCUCCUUCAUCAUUCAACGAUUCAUAUAAGAACUUUGUGGACCAAAACUUUAAAGCGAACACAGAAAAUGUAUCGAGUACACCAAAAACUAAAGCGAAUGUGAAGAAAAAGGAGGUUGUUAAAACUAAAAUGGGACAAUUUAAGGUCAAAACUAGUGUGUCGCCUAAACCUAUGUCCCCUAAAUCGCCUAAAGAGGUUAUUAAAGAAGUGCCUAUCGCGCCUAGGAUAUGGAAACCGGUAGCGGAUAUCAGGUACGAGGUGAAAGAGCAAGAAAAUGAUUGCAAUAUAUUGAUAUUGAAAAUUUGAUUUGAAUGAACAGUUUUUGUAUAUUCUUAAUUUUGUGUUUUCUUUUUAAAUAUAGAAUUAUAAUGAUGAUAA